AUGCGCUUCUCCAACGGCCACUCGCUCUGCCCGUACUUGCUGCUGCUGGAGAAUCUUUCAUUUCUGACAGAGAACAACCAAGAAAACAAGAAUCCACUUAAGAUGUUGGAAGCCCUGGGCAAAGAUGUCAUCAACGAAUUUUUGAAUACCUUGUCAGAUAAAAAUGUGGUGAAAAUAAAGGAAGAGGAAAAGGAAAACUUUCGUACUGCAAGAACAAAAGACAAGGCCCGGAUCUUUGGAGCCUCUUUAAAAGAGAAACAGGAGGAGGCAGUUCGAUUGCUUAUGGAAACCUGCCUUUUCCUGGAGGAAAAGCCCACCAGCAAAGAAGCUCCUCCAAAUACCAAGACUGGGCCACCUGAGGCAGCAGAACCUACAGAUACCCUCAAGCUGUGCCCUCACGAAGAUUUCCUGAGACUGAGCAAAGAGCGGGCUGGAGAGGUGCUGUGCUCCAUGCAUGAAACAGGGAAGAAGAGAAAAACAAUUGCUUUUGCUAAAUGCAAAAUUUGGAGGCACAGCGGUGUGUGGAAAUUCCAUGUCUUUACAGAAAACCGGGGAGAAGUGUGGGUCAGAGACUCUCCAGAAGCCUUGGUGGACAGUACUUCACAGUCACCUGACACCCUGGAGGAUGACGCUGUUCACAAGACCCACGUGGAGAAGGACUUCAUUGCUUUCUGCUCCUCCACCCCACAUAAUGUGUCCUGGAGAGACAGGACAAAGGGCUCCCUCUUCAUCACACAGCUCGUCACAUGCUUCCAGAAAUACUCCUGGCACUAUCACCUUGAGGAAAUAUUUCGAAAGGUACAGCAAUCAUUUGAAACACCAAGUGUUCGUGCCCAGAUGCCCACUGUUGAACGACUAUCCAUGACAAGAUAUUUCUACCUCUUUCCUGGAAACUGAACAUAGAGGCCACAGGCAGCCCCGCCCUGCGUUUUCAACUUCACGAAGCACUUUUACCAGUAUAUUGUACAACACACGCAUUUAACCUUUCUAUUUUCCAAUUCCAAGUUUUCUGAUACAAAGUGUGAUGUCAGUCUUAUAUUUUUUCCUCUGCCUUUUGUUCUAUUUAAAAAGUUACUUACUGCCUAGGUGCCCAGGCUCAGGGCUGUAAACUUAGCACUCUCAGAGGCCGAAGUGGGUGGAUUGC